UAUCUGUGCAGGAUGAGCAGACAAACCCUUGUGUAAACCCUGAUGUAAAUUUAUGGUUGGUUUGAAUGCACUGUCACAGCAGUCAAUCUCAGCAGCAGGUGCAAAUUCAUACCACAGGGAAUAUUCCACACUGAUUCUCACAGCGGUCAAAUUAGGAUCUGCACAAUUAGAAAUGAAGUUACUGAGCAUUUAUUUCUGUGGGAUUUUUUCUUGCUCGUUGCUUGUGUCAUCCGAUGACAUUUCAGCCUCAGCAGAUGUGCAAAAGAUAGCAAAUGCACUUAAGAUGCGCAACUGGAAUGAAAUAUUCCAGACAGGAGAUCUGACUCGCAGCGUUCAGGCGCACAGGAAGGCGCCUCAGUUCAUGAUGGAGUUGUACGAUGCUGUUGCAGACUCGAACGGAACGCUGAAAAACACCAAAGUGCUGGAAGGAAACAUUGUUCGAAGUUUCGAAGGACAGUCCAGCGGCUCAUUUCACUUCUUCAAUCUGACAUCAUUCAGACAGGACGAGCACGUGAUCAAAGCAGAAUUUCGAUGGUUUCGUCAUAAACAGUCUUUUAUCGGACAACGUCAUUAUUACAAAGUUGACCUCUAUGAAGUGUUGGACAGCAGACCUAAACCUUGGCGAGGAAAUUUGAUAAGCUCAAGGUUAUUACCAGUCUACACCAAAGGAUGGGAGGUCCUCAACAUCACACAAAUGGUGACUAAAUGGAUUCUUAACAGCGGUACAAAUAAUGGUAUCCUGGUCGUGACUGCUAUGCCUUCAGGUAACUGGUUUGAGUCCAGCAUUCAGAUGGAGGGGCAUACAGAUGAAACAAAUGCAUAUUUGGUUAUAUAUUCAGAUGACGGACAAAAGCACUACCAACACCCACCUUUCUACACAGGACAAAAUUUCAGCACAUCCCUUAAACUCCUCAAGCCUAUAGCGAGUUUAGUGAAGUCAAUGCGUAACCGCAGGAGUGUGCGUGCAUUAACUUCUGCAUGCCAGAGAACAAACCUGUACGUAGACUUCACUAGAAUCGGCUGGUCGGGGUGGAUAAUAUCUCCCAGAGGUUAUAAUGCGUACAGUUGCAUGGGCUCCUGUCCGUUUCCGCUGGGAGAAGGUCUACGGGCUACGAAUCACGCUACUGUGAGAUCCAUCAUGAAUGCACUGAAACUAUCGCAGGAGGUGGGGAAACCGUGCUGCGUACCUGACGUGCUUCACCCCAUCAGCCUCCUGUACUUCGACGAUGAAGAAAAUGUUGUUCUAAAACAAUAUGAUGACAUGGUUGCAGGCAGUUGUGGCUGCCAUUAAAAUAAGGUUUAUUUAUUUCAAUGCAUCACAUGUG